ACGCCUGCGGAGCUGUUGUCGUCGUAGUCUCCACGUUCGAUUUCUCUGCAACCGUCGUCUUAUGCGUUUGCACCUUUCAUUGUAGUUUGGGGUCUGAACUAUUUUGCUCGAUUUGUCAAGUCAUGGAAUCAGAGUUCUUCCGCACAUCCAAACACUCUCUUUACUAUUCUUAGGGUUUAUGAAAUCGCUCGUUUUUUUUUGAAUUCUUAAAAGCCUUUGAACUUUGUAAGUGUAAACUCGAUCGAAUUUUAGUUUUAUAAGCGUGAAGAAGAAUGAAUCCACUGACGUUAGUGAAGCGUAUUCAGAAUAUCAAUUCAAAAGAAGCCUCGUUAGGUAUUUCCGAGGAUGCUUCGUGGCAUGCCAAGUACAAAGAUUCGGCUUAUGUGUAUGUUGGGGGAAUUCCUUUUGAUCUCACUGAAGGCGAUCUUCUUGCCGUUUUUGCUCAGUACGGUGAGAUUGUUGAUGUUAAUCUUGUUAGAGACAAAGGCACCGGAAAAUCAAAGGGUUUUGCUUUUGUCGCAUAUGAGGAUCAGAGAAGUACAAUUCUUGCUGUCGAUAAUCUGAAUGGUGCCCAGAUUCUUGGCCGUACUAUAAGAGUUGAUCAUGUUACUAAAUACAAGAAGAAAGAAGAAGAGGAUGAAGAGGCAGAGCAGCAGAAAAGGGAGGCACGGGGAGUCUGUCGUGCUUUUCAGAGAGGUGAAUGUACCCGUGGAGCUGGAUGCCGAUUCUCUCAUAACGAGCAAAGAGCUGCAAACACAGGUUGGGGUCCUCAAGAUGCUAAAAAUUCAAAAUGGGAGAACGACAAGUUCCAAGGUCCAACAAGGAGUGAAAGAGGAUCAGGCCCGUCAAAUCAAUCUGCUGCCGAAAAGAUGAGGACACGUGAUAAGGAUUCAAGAGAUGAAGACACCAGAAGAUUGAAACCGAAGAAAGACGAAGAUCUGCAUGGGCAUGGGAGAAAACCGACAAAAUAUGAUUCUGAAAUGAAUUAUGGGGAAGGAGGUGAUAGGAGGAAGGAAAAAAGGUCGAAACAUGAUUCAGAAUCCUAUCGAAGAGAAGAUCAAGAAUCCAGCAGAAGAACCAGUCAGAGAGAAGAUCAAGAAUCCCGCAGAAGAACCAGUCAGAGAGAAGAUCAAGAAUCCGACAGAAGGAGCAGUCGGCACCAUAGAAGGAAGGAUUAAGAUGUAGUAACACCGAGGAUGAAUUUUACGAGCGUAAUUCCGUUAACUGAUUGGUUGGAGGCCACAAAUUACAAAUUGUUGACCAUAGAUCUAUUUCAACAGAUUUAGUCGCACAGUUGUGUAUUGGCAGGAAAAGCAAAAAUUAUGCAGGGUUUUAUGGUUGAAGUUGAGAUUGUUUGUGUUGUAUCAAGUGGGGUUUUUUGACACCCGAGUUUAGUUUGGAUUCUUUACCUCCUAACAACAAACAAGUUUUGAUUCCAGUUGAA